GCGGGGAAAGGACGGAACUCGCGGGCGGGGGGGGACACCCGAGCGGGGGCGAACCGGCUGCCCUAGCGGCUCGGGGGCGUCCCCUCCAUCCUGCCGCAUCGGGGAACAUGGCCGCCGCCGUCGCCGCCGAGCUGGUGCGGCAAAGGGACUCGGCCUCGGCCGCCCUCGCAGGGAUUACAUGAUGCAGCUGAUUUUGAAGACUGCAGGAGUGGAGUGAUUAGACAGAGAAAAUAAAUCUUGAAAAGCUGCUAACGGAUCACUUAGAUGCAGAGAGAAUUCAGCAAUUCCCUUACCGGAGAAGAGUUUAAGCAGAGUGCAUGGAGGAGCAGUACAGUGUGACAAUCCUAUUACACUGACUUAUAAUCAGAGCUGUUAUUGCAAACUUGUCAAUAAGAUAGUAAAGUGCUGUGGUAUAGAAAUAUUCAUGAAUUAUAACCAGAAUUUGCAAUCAGCUUCAGAAAAUUAAUUUAUGUAUUACUUCCACAGCCAUCCCAGUAAAGCUUUUAAAACUGGAUGUUUGUCUUGCGUCAAAAAGUGACAUUUUGUUUCUCAAAUAAACAUGUAUAAGAGAAGGGAUGCAAAAAUAAAUUGGUCACUAAUUUCAUUAAAAAAAUUUUCUUGUAAUGGAAAUAACUAAAGGAAAACCAGAAUACUGUGUCUGUAUACUCCUUGUAUGACUUUCAUACAUUUUAAUAUAAAAACUCUGCAUUUCAGUGCUUUUCCUCUGAUUUCAGUGCAACACCUUUCCCUCUCCUACUUUCUGAAUUUUCUGCAGAAUAUGCAAUAUCUAUAAAUCUUUAGAUUCUGUAGUGCUAGAUGCUAUAUACAAAACAAUACAAAGUACUUAUAAAGUUUUUGAGUUAGAAAUGUUUUCUUGCAGUGUUAUCUUGAAACCUGUCUCUGCUGUUUCCAUUUAGCUGACCUGGGUAGUCAGAAGAGAAGAUGAUGAUGACUUUGAGCAUCCUACAUGUCUUCUCUAGCAAUGUAACACUUGACUGGAACAUGUGUCAGAGUGCUAGCGUCAGCAGUUGAAUAAACAGGAUAAUGAACAAUGGUUUGUUUUAAAUCAGACCUCGCAGCUUGAUACAAAUAAAACAGACAAAGGAAAAAGGGAUGUCAAGUGUGGUCUUCCUUGGUUUUGUUGAAGGACCAUUGGGAGGAGCCAAGGAUGUUUGUUGUGACGCUUUAAUUGAAGGAGUUAUAAAUGUGCUUAGUAGACAGACCAGCAAUAUGGAUGAUUCAAAGAUAAAUACUGAGAUUACUGGUGCUAAAGAAGGACUCCAAGAUGACAGCAAUUUCAUCUCCGAGGGAAAAAGUGGCAUUCCUACACCACAAGAGAGUGAAACAUCAUUUCAGAAAAACAAUAUAUUGACUCUGCCGGAAGAGCUGUCAAGGGACAGAUCUGAAAAAGCCUUAAGUGGAGGCCAGAAGUCUCUAUUUAUACAUACUGGUGCUCCUACUGUUUCUACCGAAAACUUUAUCUUGCCUAAAGGAACUGCUGUUAAUGGACCAGUUUCACACUCCACCUUAACUAAAACUUCCAUUAUGAAUAAAGGUAGUGUUUCAUUAACCACUGGACAACCUGUGGGUCAUACAGAUUCCUGCUCAACUUUGCCAGUGGUACAUGAUCUCCAGCUGCCUGCAAAGAGUACAACACAGAAAUCAAGUCAACACCAAGUGUUAUUUUUGUUACCUGAUGUAGCACAGGCUAAGAACCUGACUCAUUCCAUUAAAAAUCUACCUACCUCUGCUUCAGUUGGUUGUGAUACACAGAAAUCUAUAGGAAAUAGUGUGAAAUCAGAUAGCACUUUAAUAAGCCAAGUAGAAGUGUGUGAGGAUAGCAAAAGUUUACUAGUAGACGAUGAUUGUGUCAAUACAUUAACAGGAAUUUCCUCAGGUACAGGUUGUUUCAGAUCAGGAAAUGAUACAAACUGGGAUCCACAAAAAGAGUUUAUACAGUUUCUUAUGACAAAUGAAGAAACAAUAGAGAAGUCUCCAGUUCACUGUAAAGUAGGUCUAGAGAAAAAGAGAAAAAGAAAAAUGGAUGUUAGCAAGAUAACACGUUAUACAGAGGACUGUUUUGAUGAUACAGAUUAUAUUCCCAGUAAAUCAAAAUUACUAAAUGUUGACUAUUUAGAGCAGAGUGAGGAUCUAGAAGUAGUAGAACCACAGAAAUAUGCAUUAACAAAAGUGAAGCCUGAAUCAACAGAUGAGGAGUUAGAAGCUGUUGAUGCUAUCCAACAAUUGAUUUAUAGUCCUACUAACAAAUGUGCAGAAGAUACUUCUCCAGUUCACACUAGCACUUUUCUUUCUAGUACUUUAAAAAACAAAUGUGAAAAGAAUGAUUCAGAAUCACCAUCUACUUUUAGUACUGAUGAGCCAUCAUUUUAUCCUUGUACAAAGUGCAAUGUGAAUUUUAGGGAGAAGAAACACCUGCAUAGGCAUAUGAUGUAUCAUUUGGAUGGGAACAGUCACUUCCGUCAUCUCAAUGUUCCAAGGCCCUAUGCAUGUAGGGAAUGUGGACGGACAUUUCGAGAUCGUAAUUCACUUCUUAAGCACAUGAUAAUUCACCAGGAAAGAAGGCAGAAACUGAUGGAAGAAAUCCGGGAGUUGAAAGAACUCCAAGAUGAGGGUAGAAGUGCACGAUUACAGUGUCCACAAUGUGUAUUUGGUACCAAUUGUCCCAAAACAUUUGUGCAACAUGCUAAAACCCAUGAAAAGGAUAAAAGAUAUUACUGUUGUGAGGAAUGCAAUUUCAUGGCUGUGACAGAAAAUGAACUGGAAUGCCAUAGAGGGAUUGCUCAUGGAGCAGUAGUGAAGUGUUCAAUUAUCAGUAGUGAUAUGUCCCAGAGAAAAACACAGAAAAAGACUUCCCUGAAAGAUCCAUAUGUAGGCUCAUCAAAAAAGUCAACCACAUAUAUGUGCAAAAUGUGUCCAUUUACUACAUCAGCCAGAAGCAUUUUAAAAAAACACAUGGAAUACUUGCAUCCAACAUCGUGCAUUGAUCCAUUUGGUAGCCAUCUUAGAUUAGAAAAAAGGAAAAGCAGCAUAAUUGAAGAACCUUUAGAUUUUGGUAGCAGAACUAAACAUUUGAUCAAACAAUCAUCUACAUUUCCAAAGAAUUCUGUUCUAAAGCAAGAUGUAAAAAGAUCGUUUGGCUCAGCUUCACAAUCCAGUAACUUUGCGAAACUUCACAAGAGACCCCACAGGAUACAGAAGGCUCGGAAAAGUGUUUCACAGUCAGCUGUAAGUGUGUGCAAUCAAAACUCUACAAACAAGACUAUUUUGAUUAAAAAUAGCAUUGACCAAAAACCUAAAUAUUUCCAUCAAGCAGCAAAACAAAAAGCUAGUGUCAAAACAAGCAGUAAUUAUUUAUAUAGGCACAAAUAUGAAAACUACAGGAUGAUUAAAAAAUCUAGUGAUCCUUAUCCUUUACAUUUUAAAAAGGAAGAGUCCAGCUCUGUUAGUUCUUUACAUUUAUUUUCAUCAUCAAAUAAUCCCCAUAAUAAUUGUUUUAUGAUGGAUUCUCAUAAUCUUGAUUCCAAAAGCCCAGAAGGCUAUAAAGAUCGUAGGCGUGUAGCUGUAAAAAGAGUGGUUAAAGAGUCUAAGAGGGAAGGCUCUGUUACAGGAGAUGAUUUGGAUUGCUAUCCAGAUUUUCUACAUAAAAUGACUGUUGUUGUUUUACAGAAACUUAACUCUGCUGAAAAAAAAGACAGCUAUGAAACGGAGGAUGAAAGUUCAUGGGAUAAUGUUGAACUAUGUGAUUACACUGCACAGUCUAUGGAGGAUGAAUCUUACAGUGAUAUUAAUCAGGAUCAUGUAAACCUAUUCCCUUUAUUCAAAGGUAAAAUGGAGGAUCAAGAAGCUGGUGAUAAAUCCUCUCUUCAUUAUGAGCAGAAUGAUGGUUUUUAUUUUGAGUAUUAUGAAGAUGCAGAGAGUAGUAACUUUCUGCAUGAAUUACAUGAUCCUCAAAAUUUAGAAAACGUAGGAACAGCAUUGCCAAAGCAUAACUCAGUUUUCCAUUGGACUGAUUUAUCACUUGAGAAGAAGUCCUGUCCAUACUGUCCAGCAACAUUUGAAACAGGAGUUGGAUUGUCUAAUCAUGUCCGUGGGCAUCUUCACAGAGCUGGAUUAAGCUAUGAAGCCCGCCAUGUUGUUUCACCGGAGCAGAUAGCGACGAGUGACAAAAUGCAGCAUUUCAAAAGAACUGGAACAGGAACCCCUGUUAAACGAGUUAGAAAAGCUAUUGAGAAAUCUGAAACUUCUUCUGAACACACAUGCCAGCUCUGUGGAGGUUGGUUUGAUACGAAAAUUGGAUUGUCUAAUCAUGUGCGAGGACACCUGAAAAGGCUUGGCAAAACCAAGUGGGAUGCACACAAGUCUCCAAUCUGCGUUCUAAAUGAGAUGAUGCAAAAUGAAGAAAAAUAUGAAAAAAUCCUAAAGGCAUUGAACAGUCGCCGUAUUAUUCCCAGACCAUUUGUCGCUCAGAAACUUGCUUCAAAUGAUGACUUUUUAUCUCAAAAUGUUAUACCUCUUGAAGCAUACCGUAAUGGCCUAAAGACUGAAGAUAUUUCAGUGUCUGCAUCGGAGGAAGAAGGUCUGAGUUUCCUAAAUGAAUGUGAUGAAACAAAAACAGUACUACAUGAUGAAAAAAAAAAUCAGUCACUUACACUGAUAGAACUUCUGAAAAAUAAAAGGUUAGGAGAAGAAAGGAAUCCUGAUAUCUCUCCUCAAAAGAUCCAUAAUCAAACUGCAAGGAAGAGGUUUGUUCAGAAAUGUGUUCUUCCAUUAAAUGAAGACAGUCCAUUGAUGUAUCAGCCGCAACGAAUGGACUUGACUAUGCAGUCAGGUAUGCCUGUGAAGCUUAGAACGUGUGUGCAUUGCAAUACGACGUUUACAAGUGCUGUUAGUCUGUCCAACCACUUACGCGCUUAUGCACGAAAGAAGAGUGCUGGACUUUUGACUGGGACAGCCUUAGAUUGUAAGCAAAAAAAGUCAAGAUCAAGAUCUGGAAGCAAGAAAAAAAUGCUGCCAUUACCUCAUAGUGCUGAUGAAGUUUACAUACUCCGAUGCAGGUUUUGUGGUCUGGUCUUUCGAGGACCAUUGUCUGUUCAGGAAGACUGGAUAAAGCACUUGCAGAGACACAUCGUCAAUGCAAAUCUUCCACGGACUGGGGCUGGCAUGGUUGAGGUCACAUCGCUACUUAAAAAGCCUGCUUCAAUUACUGAAACUUCGUUUUCUUUACUGAUGGCAGAAGCAGCAUCAUAGAACAAGGAAACCUUUUAAAUUUGAAUUGGAUGUAAAUUUGAAAUACUUUGUCAUUUUUUAAAAAAUAUUGCUACACUAAAUUAUGUUUAUAAAUCCUAAAGCCAGAGAAGUAGGGAAAGUGAAUUACAGUAACAUCAAAACAAAUUGAGUACUUAACAGUUACAGUAAGUAGUCUUUAUAUUUUAUAUAGGGUGGCAGAUGUGUUUUUAAGGUUUACUAUGUUUUUGUCAGUUACUGUGUUCACUAUCAAUACAAGAUCAUUACAUGUAAGCAGCCAUUUUUUAAUUGUUGCACAUGGGUACUUAUAGACAGAUUUUAAUAAAAACAAACCAUGCCCUCUGCAGUGUUA